AUGGACACGGACUUGAAGUGCAACCAUCUGAAUUGCCGAAAGCCCUUGAUUGACAAGGCAGUCGUGUUAGUUGAAUGCGCCAACGAAUUAUUCAAUGCCUCCCGCCUCUGUCCGGCCUGCGAAUCUUCUCUUACUGAGCCCGACGAUGUUGUGGUAUGCUCUCUGCAUCCCACGGAUGACUACAAGACGUCCGUGCUUUCGGGACUUAGCCCUUCCAUCAUCAUGGAAAUUUGUAGCCGAGCGCUUUCAUUUUGGCAAUACCAAAUACAUCAAGAAAGCUCUUUCCAGCAGGCAGUCUCCCGCAACCUAAAUGACAGAAAUGCGCAGUUGCAGAAACAACUGGAGAACGUGAUCAGGGAAGGUAAGGUUGCCUCGACUCCUACACACAUCCACCCCGACAUGGUGAGUAGCAAAUGGGGAGAUCCGUCUUCUAGGAGAUAA